AAAUGGUUAAAAUGAGGGAAGGCGAUGAAUCCAAUUCUCGAACAGUGCGAAUUGAGAAAGACAGAGAUAACAUAUCAUCAAGCGAUGAAUUCGAAGCACGAUGAAGACGAACAACAGCGACGGCAAUGGGGAACAAGAGCGUGGGCCACACUCUCCGCCGUACGAACCCGAUCCCCGCUCAUCCAAUGCAUCACCAACUUCGUUUCAAUGGAUUUAAUGGCCAAUACUCUCUUAUCCGCCGGAGCCUCGCCGGCCAUGCUUCAUUCCGUCGAGGAGUUGCCAGAUUUCACUCCCAACGCUGACGCUCUCUGCAUCAAUGUUGGCACGCUUUCUCCCGCCUGGUUGCCCGCCAUGAAGUUCGCCAGUGAACUGGCGGUAAAGGCCGGGAAGCCUUGGGUUCUCGACCCGGUGGCGGCCGGAGCGUCUAAAUUUCGGAUGAUGGCUUGUUUGGAGCUUAUGAAUUUGAAGCCCACCGUUGUUAGAGGGAAUGGGUCAGAAAUAAUCGCUCUGUCUAAAGCUUCUUUGGAUUCCAGUAUGGGUGUGGAUAGCGGUCAUGAGUCGGUGGAUGCUGUAGAAGCUGCCAAAUCAUUAGCUCAUUCCAGUGGAGCAAUAGUAGCAGUAUCAGGAGCUGUGGACAUAGUUACAGACGGGAAGCGAGUUAUUGGCGCUCGUAAUGGAGUGGCCAUGAUGCAAAAGAUUACAGCAACUGGAUGCUCAGUAACAGCCCUUAUUGCUGCCUUCCUUGCUGUCGAUCAACUUCAUGCUUUAGAAGCCACAGCUUCGGCUUUAUCAAUAUUUGGAAUUGCAGGAGAAAUGGGAAUGGAUGUGGCAAAGGGCCCUGCAUCACUACGAACUCAUUUGAUUGAUUCACUUUAUGGGCUCGAUGAAGCUGCUAUAAUCUCGCGAAUAAGGAUCUCCAGCUUGUAAUUAAAUUUUGGACGCGGGUUUUAUGUAUGCUGCAUUUGAUAGAAACUACAGACCAUGGUUGCAUUCAUCACCACACAUAUAUUGCGUUGUUCUUUGUUCACCACACUGGUUCUCAGUAGGUUAGAUGUACAAGGACCCUCAGCAAUGUUUCUGCUCCAUCUGCCACAUGCUGGCCCGGAGGAAUGAGGGAUCGCACCUCUGCAAUCCCACGUGCAUUCUUGAACUUGCCAGUUCCUCCAGUCACUGACAAAUGCGACGAGGGGCUACCAAUCCUGAAUACUCCAUAGAAGUUGAGACUGUCACCAUAUUCUCCUCCUUCAACCAUGGCUGUAAAUGCCAUCAUCUGCGUAGUUCCAUCAGCCGAACUAGCCACAUAUACCCCUUGGGCCUGGCCAAUUGACUGCGAGCCCAACUCUGGUGCGGUGGUCAAGACGUCAUCGAUGACCGUAAUUGUUCCAAAGCCUAACCCCAACCCAUCGGGUCCCAGUUGGGUCUGGGGGACAUUUUGUGGGUUGGGAUUUCCAGCAAAAGCAGUGCCGGACAAGCCAGUCCCUAGAGGGAUCCCAUUGAUGCCAUUCACAGUAGGGAGAGCACCAUUGGCAUUUGGGAUCGCAACACCAUCGUCUGGGGGAAGAAACCCUAUAGGUGUUGCAAAGGGUACUUGACCAGUGUAUAUGUUCCCCAGCAGACCAGUAAUCGGUCUCGCCGUUGGGCUGGCACCGCCAAGAAUGUCGUGCAUAUAAAAUUCAAGUGGCUCAUGUCCCCCGACAUUGGCAGUGACAGCUGCAGACCUAAACGCCACAAAAUGCACUACGAUGAUUGCUGUUGCAAGGAAGGCGGGAAAAGAUGCUUGUUUCAUGAUUAUGUUGGAGAGUCAGGUAUGAAGAACUUCUCUUGCCUGUAGAACUCAAAAAGAUUAUAAUUCUUGUGGUGAUAUGCAAAUGAGUUCAAACUCUACUCUUUAUAUAGUGAUGAAAUUAUUAGAUCAAUUUGGAUUUUGGAGUUGGUAUUAACCACCAAAAAUGGUGAAGUUGUUGGAUUCUGUUCUUGAAGACAUGCAUAAUGUUUUUGUUUCAUCUAUCAAAGUUAUUUGCUUUCAUUUUCA